ACAGCUGAUCGCGUCACACAGCAAUACUCUGCUAGACUAUCAGAGCAUUACCUAUCACCUCCGUGAAAAUGUCUGACGCUCCGAAGAAGGCCGCUAAGCCCAGGAAGCCUAAGGCUCCUGCGGCUCAUCCACCAAGCCGAACCAUGAUCACCGCUGCGAUCGAAUCCUUGAAGGAACGCAAUGGUUCUUCCUUCGCAGCCAUCAAGAAGUACGUGGCGGCCAACUACAAGUUUGACGUGGAGAAGCAGGGCCAUGUCCUGAAACGGUCGCUGAAGAGCAUGGUCGUCGGCGGGACCCUCAUCCAAACCAAGGGUACUGGUGCCUCCGGCUCCUUCAAAAUCAGCGUGGCAGCGAAGAAGGCAGCUAAGCCCAAGAAGCCAAAGGUGAAGAAGGCAGCUAAGCCCAAGAAGCCAAAGGUGAAGAAGGCUGCCAAGCCCAAGAAGCCAAAGGCAAAGAAGUCCCCGAAGAAGGCAAAGAAACCUGCAGCGAAGAAAGCCAAGCCAGCCAAGAAACCAGCUGCAAAGAAGGCCAAACCUGCAAAGAAGGCAGCGAAGAAGCCAGCCAAAAAGGCAGCAAAGAAGCCCGCCAAGAAGGCUGCCAAGAAGUGAGCGGUGAACGACCAAAACAUACCGGCCCUUUUCAGGGCCACCCACUUCAUCCAGAAAGUGCUGUAUCAUUCAUGUACUGUACUGUAGUUCUUCACCGUCUUCAUGUUAUAUUACAUUCGAUUCUCAAUAGUCUCUGUAUGAUGUCUCUAGUUUCUGUACAGAUCUGAACAGCUUCAUCUUGACGUCCUGACCAUGUUGUGUGUACAUUUAUUUUGGGGGCGUGUCCCCUGUGCUGAAAGAGUGGAGUAGAGUAGAGUUAUUAUAUAACGUCCUUGAUGCAAGGAGGUUUUUUCAACCUCCUUGGUACAAGUCCAGUUACCAUCAGAUUACUAAAAAAAGUCUUUUCGUAGCAGAAAAAAUCGACGAAAAAACUUGGCCCUCCUUUGGAAUUAUCGAAAACAAGGCCCCUUGCAUGGACAGUAAUAAUUAGCCUGGUAUCCAGCCGUAUUAUGGCUAUAAUACGGCUGGAUAAAUAAUAAUUGUAAUUUGUCAAAUAGGCUGAAAAUUUUCCAGGGAGAGUUCAAUUACUAGCCUGGAUACCAUACACCAACCUCAAAAAUACCUUUCCUGCACGAUAUAUACUUUGAGAUCGGGCUGGGGUUUGGUAACCAGGGUAUUCAUUUACAUACCUAUUCAGCCUUUUUCUCUUUUGAUUCUUAUUAUUACUCCUUUGACAUUUUUGCACUGUUGCUUUCAGUAUAUACUUGUUCCAUGAGUUUAUGCCACAACAAAAAAGGGCUCAUAUCUAUCUUCAUACAAUGCUUAGAUCAAAUUGGCCGACCACUUCUGGUUCAUCCCAAAAACAUUUCUCUAUUUCUUGUUCCAUUUGACAGGUUUUUUCACGUUUUAUCAUUUUUUGUGGAAUUCAUAUUUUUGGUCUCCUAAUACAGGGAGAUAAAUCAAACUAAGAAAUACUACAAGGGGACAUGACACUGGGUAAGAUAAAUAAAACCCAAGAUUUUUUAUUAUUUCUA